AUGGAGCUGGGGAGCGCGUGUCGGGUACUCCUCUUCCCGGUCCAAAUGCUCUUCUACGUGCUGCGUUCCGCGGUGUCGCGGCUGGUGCCGAGCAGACGGAAGCAGCUGACCGACGAGGUGGUGUUGGUCACGGGAGGGGGACGCGGCAUCGGACGGCACCUGGCCAAGGAGUUCGCCAAACAGGGCGCCAGGAGGGUAAUCCUUUGGGGUCGCACAGAAAAGUGCCUCAAAGAGACGUCUGAAGAAAUCUCCCUGGCGGGAACAGAGUGCCACUACUUCCUGUGCGACGUGGCCAAUCGGGAGGAGGUUUACAAGCAAGCCAAGGUUGUUCGAGAAAAGGUGGGAGAUGUUACCAUUUUAGUGAACAACGCAGCUGUGGUCCACGGCAAAAGUUUGAUGGACAGCGACGACGAUGCCUUGCUAAAAUCGCAGCAUAUCAAUACCUUGGGGCAAUUUUGGACCACUAAGGCGUUUCUGCCUCGGAUGCUGGAGCUCCAGCACGGUCACGUCGUGUGCAUCAACUCCAUCCUGUCCCAGUCGCCUAUCCCCGGGGCCAUUGACUACUGCACCUCCAAGGCCUCGUCCCUGGCCUUCAUGGAGAGCUUGACGCUGGGCCUGCUGGACUGUCCCGGCGUCGGAUGCACCACAGUCCUUCCCUUUCACACCAACACGGAAAUGUUCCAGGGCAUGAGAGUCAGAUUCCCCCAGCUGUUUCCGCCCCUCAAGCCCGAGGUGGUCGCCCAAAAGACCGUGGACGCUGUCCGAGCAGAUAUUGCUUUUCUCUACCUGCCUUGGACCAUGCAUGCGCUUGUCGUUCUUAAAAGUUUCAUGCCACAAGUUGCACUUGAAGAAAUCCACAAGUUUACGGGGAGUUAUACCUGCAUGAACACGUUCAAAGGACGGACAUGA